CGAGAUCUCAGACCACCAGACCCGGCAGGUUCUUAGGAAGUUGAAGGGCCUGGAGGAGGCCCGGGAACAAAUGGCCGCAGCUGGACCAACCAUGCUGCUACGAGAGGAGAAUGGCUGUUGCAGCCGGCGUCAAAGCAGCUCCAGCACAGGGGACUCAGAUGGGGAGCACGAGGACUCGCCAGCUACGCACGCUAGACAGCAGCUGGAGGCGCUGCUCAACAAGACUAUGCGCAUUCGCUUGACAGAUGGGCAGACACUGGUCGGUUACUUCCCCUGCACCAACCGCGACUGCAAUGUUAUCCUGGGCUCGGCGCAGGAGUUCCUCAAGCCAUCGGAUUCCUUCUCUGGCGGGGAACCCUGUGUGCUGGGCCUGGCCAUGGUACCUGGACACCACAUCCACAUCGUUUCUAUCGAGGUGCAGAGAGAGAGCCUGGCGGGGCCUCCCUAUCUCUGAACACGAUCGCGCAUGCAUUAAAUCUGUAACCGAAAAAAAAAAA